GCUUCGGCGGAGGACCCUCUCAGAAGCGGCGGCGGCGCUAGGCCUGGGCGGUGUCUCCGCGGCACUUCCCGGCGGCCGGCUGCUCUGAUUGGGGGCGCUGGUAGCCGGAGGCGGGAGCGGGCCCUGGCGUUCAGCCGUCUCCGUCCCCUCCAGGUCCCAGCCGGGGACCCAGCUCACUGCGGCUGUGGACAGCGGCCUGGGAGGAUUGCCCCAGAAUGAAAAUGUGGCUCUGGUGUUUGGUGGUCUGUUUGGUCCUUGGGACCCUGCAUUCCGAGGUAUCCAGAGGGAAGCUGGCACCUGUGGAUCCUGAAACAAAUAUGAAUGUGAGUGAAAUUAUCUCUCACUGGGGAUUCCCUAGUGAGGAACACCUAGUUGUGACAGAAGAUGGAUAUAUUCUUUGCCUUAACCGAAUCCCCCACGGGAGGAAGAACCAUUCUGACAGAGGUCCCAAACCAGUUGUGUUCCUGCAGCAUGGCUUGCUGGCUGAUUCCAGUAACUGGGUCACAAACCUGCCCAACAGCAGCCUGGGCUUCAUUCUGGCAGAUGCGGGUUUUGAUGUGUGGAUGGGGAACAGCAGGGGAAACACCUGGUCUCAGAAACACAAGACUCUUUCAGUUUCUCAGGAUGAAUUCUGGGCCUUCAGUUACGAUGAGAUGGCAAAUUAUGACCUACCAGCUUCAAUUAACUUCAUUCUGAAUAAAACUGGCCAAGAACAAGUGUAUUAUGUGGGUCAUUCUCAAGGCACCACGAUAGGUUUCAUAGCAUUUUCACGGAUCCCGGAGCUGGCCAAAAAGAUUAAAAUGUUUUUUGCUCUGGCUCCCGUGGCCUCAGCCCAGUUCGCUAUUAGCCCUUUAGUUAAAUUAGGACGAUUUCCAGAUCUUCUCAUUAAGGACUUAUUUGGGGUUAAAGAAUUUCUUCCCCAGAGUAUGUUUGUGAAAUGGCUGAGUACACAUGUUUGUACUCAUGUCAUUCUGAAGGAGCUUUGCGGAAAUGUCUUUUUUGUUAUGUGUGGAUUUAAUGAGAGAAAUUUAAAUAUGUCUAGAGUGGCUGUGUAUGCCACACACUCUCCUGCCGGAACUUCUGUGCAAAAUAUGUUACACUGGAGCCAGCUUAUUAAAUUGCAGAAGUUUCAAGCCUUCGACUGGGGAAGUAGUGCCAAGAAUUAUUUUCAUUACAACCAGAGUUACCCUCCCUCUUACAAUGUGAGAGACAUGCUGGUGCGGACCGCUGUCUGGAGCGGGGGGCAGGACUGGCUCGCGGACGUCAGCGACGUCAAUAUCUUACUGACCCAGAUCUCCAACCUGGUGUACCACAAGCACAUUCCUGAGUGGGAGCAUCUUGACUUCAUCUGGGGCUUGGAUGCCCCGUGGCAGCUCUAUAAUGAAAUGAUAAAUCUAAUGAGGAAGUAUCAGUGAACGCCAGACUGGAGACAUUUACUGUCAAGUCAUGUUAAAUUUGUUUGCUUAAUUUCUCUAAAUAUACUUGUUCUCCUUUCCCAGGCAUUUUGUGUUUUUAUAUCCAAGAAAAUUUUGCCGUUGAAGAUGUCCAGUUCUCUCCAAUUAGGAUAAAUGCUUUCGCUUUUUCUGUUCAAUCAAACAAACUGCCCGCAAACCUUUGAUCCUCUCCCAUGGGGAGGAGAGUGGUCUUAAACCUAAGGAGGGGUGGGUGAUGGUUUGGAAAUCCGCAGUUUCCACUGAGCGAGGCUGUGAGUGGAGACUGAUCCCUGAUUAGCCCAUUUGAAGGUAGUGGCUGCAGGUGGGACCCUGGAUUCAAGGACUGUCCAUCAAAUGCUCUCCUUGGACAAAUGAAGCAACCAAAGCGGGCAGAGACAAUGCCAUAGGGCCCCCAAAACAUAGAUUUAGGGGUCUAAUGUGAUUUCUCCCACUACUCUGUAAGCUUGAAGAUAUAUCUUACUUAUCUCUGUAUGCCCAGAAUCUAACACAAAGCCUGGAAUAUUAGUGAGUUAAUAAAUAUAUGUGGACUGACAGAA